AUGCUGAGGCCUGAGGUCUCGUCAACCUCGUCUUCUGCCCCUGCGGCUUCCCCCGCAUUGGGAAAGGCUAGAAUUCAGGGUCGUCGCUAUAAUUUCGGACUCCAGGAGACUCCUCAGAGCCGCCCUUCAGCGCAGGCCUCCGCGUCCACACCUCCGGGCACGUCUGGAGCCGCCGGCGACCAGAGCAGCAGCAGCAGCAGUGUCCAUGGCCACCCGCCCCGUACCCGACCAGCCCAAGGUUCAUAUUUUGGAAACAAAAGAUAUAAUGCAGAAAACAUAUUUGCAUCAAAUUUUACUUUUGGUACAAGCUCAUCUUCUGCACGAGAUAGUAAUUAUCCUCAAAUACUAAAAACUCCAUUGUCUGCUGGAAAUCCCCAGAGAUCAGGUUAUAAAAGUUGGACACCACAAAUGGGAUAUUCAGCUACAUCCUCAUCUGCAGUAUCAAUACACUCCCCAUCAGUUAUUGUAGCUGUUGUAGAAGGGAGAGGACUUGCCAGAGGUGAAAUAGGAAUGGCAAGUAUUGAUUUAAAAAGCCCACAAAUUAUAUUGUCUCAGUUUGCAGACAACACAACAUAUGCGAAGGUGAUCACUAAACUCAAAAUUCUAUCGCCUUUGGAAAUAAUAAUGUCAAAUACUGCUUGUGUUGUGGGGAAUUCAACUAAGUUGUUUACUCUGAUCACAGAAAAUUUCAAGAACGUUAAUUUUACUACUAUCCAAAGGAAAUACUUCAAUGAAACAAAAGGACUAGAGUACAUUGAACAGCUAUGCAUAGCAGAAUUUAGUACUGUCCUAAUGGAGGUUCAGUCCAAGUAUUACUGUCUUGCAGCUGUUGCAGCUUUAUUAAAAUAUGUUGAAUUUAUUCAAAAUUCAGUUUAUGCACCAAAAUCGCUGAAGAUUUGUUUCCAGGGUAGUGAACAGACAGCCAUGAUAGAUUCAUCAUCAGCCCAAAACCUUGAAUUACUAAUUAAUAAUCAAGACUGUAGGAAUAAUCACACACUCUUUGGUGUUCUAAAUUACACUAAGACUCCUGGAGGAAGUAGAAGACUUCGUUCUAAUAUAUUAGAACCUUUAGUUGAUAUUGAAACCAUUAACAUGAGAUUAGAUUGUGUUCAAGAGCUACUUCAAGAUGAAGAACUCUUCUUUGGACUUCAGUCAGUUAUAUCAAGAUUUCUUGAUACAGAGCAGCUUCUUUCUGUUUUAGUCCAGAUUCCAAAGCAAGACACGGUUAAUGCAGCUGAAUCAAAGAUAACAAAUUUAAUAUACCUAAAACAUACCUUGGAACUUGUGGAUCCUUUAAAGAUUGCUCUGAAGAACUGUAACACACCUUUAUUAAGAGCUUACUGUGGUUCCUUAGAAGAUAAGAGGUUUGGAAUCAUACUUGAAAAGAUUAAAACCAUAAUUAAUGAUGAUGCAAGAUACAUGAAAGGAUGCCUAAACAUGAGGACUCAGAAGUGCUAUGCAGUGAGAUCCAACAUAAAUGAAUUUCUUGACAUUGCUAGAAGAACAUAUACAGAGAUUGUAGAUGACAUAGCAGGAAUGAUUUCGCAGCUCGCAGAAAAAUACAGUCUUCCUUUAAGGACAAGUUUUAGCUCUGCUCGAGGAUUUUUCAUCCAGAUGACUACAGAUUGUGCAGCCCUUCCCAAUAAUCAACUUCCUUCAGAGUUUAUUAAGAUAUCUAAAGUGAAAAAUUCUUAUACCUUUACAUCAACAGAUUUAAUUAAAAUGAAUGAAAGAUGUCAGGAGUCUUUGAGAGAGAUCUAUCACAUGACUUAUAUGAUAGUGUGCAAAUUGCUUAGUGAGAUUUAUGAACAUAUUCAUUGCUUAUAUAAACUAUCUGACACUGUGUCAAUGCUGGAUAUGCUACUGUCAUUUGCUCAUGCCUGCACUCUUUCUGACUAUGUUCGGCCAGAAUUUACCGAUACUUUAGCAAUCAAACAGGGCUGGCAUCCCAUUCUUGAAAAAAUAUCUGUGGAAAAACCUAUUGCCAACAAUACCUUUAUUACAGAAGGAAGUAAUUUUUUGAUCAUAACUGGACCUAAUAUGAGUGGGAAAUCCACAUAUUUAAAACAGAUUGCUCUUUGUCAGAUUAUGGCCCAGAUUGGAUCAUAUGUUCCAGCAGAAUAUUCUUCCUUUAGAAUUGCUGAACAGAUUUUUACAAGAAUCAGUACUGAUGAUGAUAUUGAAACAAAUUCAUCAACAUUCAUGAAGGAAAUGAAAGAGAUAGCAUACAUUCUACAUAAUGCUAAUAACAAAUCACUCAUAUUAAUUGAUGAGCUUGGCAGAGGUACUAAUACAGAAGAAGGUAUUGGCAUUUGUUAUGCUGUUUGUGAAUAUCUGCUGAGUUUAAAGGCAUUUACACUGUUUGCUACACAUUUCCUGGAACUAUGUCAUAUAGAGGUCCUGUAUCCUAAUGUGGAAAACAUGCAUUUUGAAGUUCAGCAUGUAAAGAACACCUCAAGAAAUAAAGAAGCAAUCUUGUAUACCUACAAACUGUCUAGGGGACUCACAGAAGAAAAAAAUUAUGGAUUAAAAGCUGCAGAGGUGUCAUCACUCCCACCAUCAAUUGUCUUGGAUGCCAAAGAAAUCACAACUCAAAUUACCGGACAAAUUUUGCAAAACCAAAGAAGUACCCCUGAGAUGGAAAGACAGAGAGCUGUGUACCAUCUAGCCACUAGACUUGUUCAAACUGCUCGAAACUCUCAAUUGGAUCCAGACAGUUUACGAACAUAUUUAAGUAAUCUCAAAAAGAAGUAUGAAACAGAUUUUCUCAGGGCUGAACAAUUUUCAGGAAAGACUGAAGAAUAA